AUGUCCACGGAGAACAGGAAGAUCUACAAGAAGAUAAAAAAGACCACCGAGAAGGACAAACGUAUGGCACAGCUGGAGAAAGAGAUCGCUCGAUUGGAGAAUGAGAACAGCAAAUUAAAACGCGACAGUGCUGAGUAUGAGAGUGGCCUCGCUGCUUUUAGCGGCACGUCGCGUUUUGCCACUGAAUUUUCUUCGUUGAGCCGUAACGUGCCAUCUGACACGAACAAACGGCCGCUUUCACAGAAGCCAGAGGAUAAUCUUGCAAAUGCGUUGCAAUCGAAGGGCAACCCGGAGAAUGGCAAUCGUAAAAAGAAACUGCGAAAAUUCUCGAUAUCGAAGCGACGGAAGGCGAUGCCAACGCAUCUGCAAGUAAUACCAUGCCCGCAGAAGCAAGUGAUUAGAAAAUAUAUUCGGGAUCUACCCUGUCCCCGGAUAAAAUCGAAGAAACAGAAGGAAGUGUCGUGUUUAGGUAGUGAACGCAAGAGAUCCUGCAAACAGGUCGAAGAUUUGUGUUCUACCUCGAAACGCACCCAACCGGUAACGUGUCCGUCUAAACAACCAGCCAAGAAAUGCGUUCAGGCGAGUCCAAAAACGUGUCCGGGAAGAGAGCGUACAAGCCCGCCGAGAUCUUGUCCAAAAUGCGAGAGCAAUCGAAUUCAAAAGUUGGAAAGCGAAGUGUACCAAUUGCGGAAGGAGAUCGAGUGCAUGAAAUACGAGCGAAAAGAAGCGGAGAAGGCAAUCCAAAAGGCUAUUCUUCGUGGAGCCCGCGCUCUCGGCGGAAGAUUUAAACCCACGGUACCAGGAUCGAUCGAGAAACUUCUCGAUAUUUGCAACAGCAAUGCGUCUUCCCAGUCCACGUCCUCGGUCAGUCUCUGUGCGACGAAAACUGUAUCGCCGAUGAUUCACACGUGUCAUAACAAAACGCGGAGGAAAGAGGAGUUCGAUUAUUGCGAAGGUUGCACCCCAUUAGUCAGCUCUCGCGACUAAAUCCAGCUUCGUUGGAAAAACGUCGAAUGUACUCGUUGGAAAGCAGUCGGCGUCGCCUGCAAUAAACUUACCCAAAAUACACUGGAUAUUGGAUAAUGAUUGUAAUUAAUUACUUUCGCGAUCGGGAAUGAAUGAAAAUAACCAACGAAUAAAACCCAGACGGGUUUUAUCGCAUGGUAAUAAUUUCCUACGAAACGCGUUAAUUAAUAAACGGGUAAGAGCGUGCGGGGUGGACCCGACGCCGAUUUAAUUACACGUAACCGUACGUGCCAACAUACGCACUAACGGUGCUUUAGUCGCGUAGACUCGCCGUACACGUACCCUAUCAUCAGAAUGGCAUCGUUAACACCGAUAAUCUUCCCUGAACCGAGUACGGAGCCACUCGACUUACAGGGAAACCUCGCGUGCGAGUACACCGGAAAUCUUGGUGCG